UGACGUGACAGUGACGUGAAAAUGGUGGUUUUUCGAAAGCCCUGCUUUUGAAAUAACUUUUUAAUCGCAAUAUCAACCGGAAUUAUCCAAAUCUAUUCACGCGUAAGUAACGGCUUUCUUUCACUGUAAAAUAACUGUUUUCGUAUUAGUGUCAUUGAAGUAUUUAAGGCAAUUUUUGCGCCCCAUAGAGAAUAUUUGACAUUAUUUGAGGAGAAAAAAACCGGAUUAAUUUUGUGCUAAACGACGUUGUCUGAGCGGCGUGUUUAUAAAAGCCGCAAGGAUUUUGUGGCGCAAAAAAUCGGACUUUUGUAGGCGCAAUAUUUGCCUCAUGUCUAUUUAUACAUUCGGAACAACAAAUCCCCGCAGAAAACAUAUUUGGGCUGGUCAAAUUAAUUCAGCCGACUGGUUUGCUUUCGUCAUUGCCAAUUUGGCAUUAAGUCCAACUUGUGUUAAACGGUGUUAAAGAAAACUGCGCUCAUGUUUCAACAAGCCGGAAAACUGGUUGUGGACAACAUCGACCGUGCGCAUACUGAAAAAAAGCGGCUGCAACCGCAGUUCUUCAUGGCGGUGAUAGUAGGAGAUUUGCAGGAAAUCGACCGCCUAAUCGAGCUGGGCGUGGAUCCCAACGCUGUAGGCGACGAAGGUUUGACUGCUGUCCAACUAUGCACCGAACAAGCUCAUCUGCUGGUGCUCAAGCAUCUGUUGAGACACAGAAACGUCAACUGCAACCCACACGGAAAAGAGCUCAAUGGCGACAGCCCCCUGAUGGCGGCGGUUGCUCUGAACCGAAACCCCUUUGUAGACCUCUUGCUCCAACAUGGCGCCGACCCCAACAUAACUAAUAACUUUGGUCGAACGCCACUACAUGAGGCUGUCACCAAACAAAACAUUGAAAUGGUUGGCCAGUUGCUGUUCGCCAAGGCCAAUCCGAAUGUGGAGGAUGUGUUUGGGAACACGCCCCUAUCAUGGAGCCUCAUUGAGUACCCUUGCCGGGAGAUGGCAAUCCUGUUGCUCAAAUGGGGAGCCAAUCCGAACCAGCACAUCGUCCGGCCACAGCCCCUAUUGACAGAGCUGACUUUAAACUGUCACUCUGCAGAGGCUUUGGGGAUGGUAGAGCUGCUGGCCGCCCAUAAAGCUGAUAUGAACGUGGUGAACUCGAUUUCGGGUCAGUCGGCGCUCCAUAUGGUCUCUAUAACGGGGUACCUGCCUCUGGCUGAGCUUCUUUUGAAUUUGGGCGCCGCUCAGAGUUUGAAGGACCGUUCUGGGCGCACUCCUCUUGAUUUGGCGAUCCAACACGGACAAGCAGAUCUCGUGGCCUUCUACAAGGAGCGCAACAGUUUGCUGAAGGAUGCCAUGGGUAGCACCUGUUUGGUUACUGAUCGGAAGUCAUCAGAAGCAGCAGUGGCAGGGAGAAAGCCGCGUAAUGUGCGCUUUUCCAAACACCACGCCACUGAGUCUGAGGAUUAGUAGCUUUUCCACCAUUUUUAGACCUGAUUGGGUAACAGCUUAACGAUUUCUUUUGUAUGCUAGCGCGCAUCUUCCUAUUAAUAGCCCAUUGGAAAUAAAUUUAUCCAGAUGC